UUGCAUUAUCUAAAAUCCUAUUUAGUGCGAUAUUUGUACUGCGCAGUUAGGUUAUUGUAGUAAUAUUUUCCGGUAAAAAUCAUGACGGAGUAUGUUUACAUAUAUAUUUUUCUUGGAUUAAUAGUUAGCAUAUCAAGUCAAACGAAAAAAGAUGCUACAAUCAAGAAUAAGUGUUAUCUAACAGAUAUCAAAUUUUUAAACUACAAAAGCUGUACAGGUGUAGAUUUUGGUGGUAAGUUAGUUAAUCAUCAAGGAUCAUGUAUCACAGAAGAAAACAAGGUUAUCGAGUGUAACAAUGGCCAUUGGUCUGGUACCGGAAGCUAUGUCGGACCUAUACGUAGAGAAAAACGAUUUUGGGGUGUUGUGGCCGGUUUUAUUGGAUGUUUUAUUUUAUGUGGUCGUGUUGGCGGUGGCGGCGGUGGCGGUGGUGGUCAAACACCGAUAGCACAUCCUCCUUCAUUUUCCCAGCCUUGUAGACCACGUGAUCUGCAAGAAAAUUAUAACAUUGGUACUGGAGAAAAUAAUGUGAUAGUAAACUGGACAGUGCCUUCAGCAAUAGACGAGGAUAACGAUAUUCCUAGUGUUGUUCAAGUUGAUGGCGGUGAGAACGGAGGACGGUUUGACGGCGCCAUAUCUGGAAAGACACAUUCUAUCAUUUACAAAGCAACAGACUCAGACGGUCUCACAGACCAUUGUUAUUUUAACUUUACAGUCACUGUACUGACCUGCGAUACCCUUCCUUGGUUUGCAAAUGGUAAAAGAUAUUGUGACAACAAGAACAUACUAGGAAGCUCGUGUAAAUACACAUGCGACACUGGGUACAUGCUAAACGGAAGUGAUACAGUCGUGUGUGAAAAUGAAGCAGAUCCUUCUUGGUCGGCGAUUCCUAUUUGUGAAAAGAUCAUGUGCCGAGCUCCACAAUUGCCUGAGCAUGCCACAGUUCAGUGCUCGGAUCAAAACUACGGAUACCAAACGGUAUGUGCAAUGGCAUGUGACAAUGGAUAUGCAUUAGUAGGAGCUUAUUAUAUACAGUGCCAGGCAAACGGAUCUUGGUAUAAUAUUGCAAACUCAUUGUGUGUUGAUAACACACCGCCAACUAUUUCCUGUGUUACUCCACAAAUAUUUUACGCCGACCGAGGCAUUACGUCAACGUUAGUUAAAUGGCAACUUCCAGAAGCGUUUGACAAAACAGAUGAGCACCCUUCCAUAGUACAAACAGGUGGGCCAAUAUGGGGUUCAGAGCUUGAACGAGGAACUGAAGUUGUAACAUAUAUGGCAGUUGACGUGAAUGGAAACAAAUCGCCUGAAUGUUUAAUCGAACUUCGCAUUGAGGUAGUAAUGUGCGUUCAUCCUAUGGAUAGAUUUGAUGAUGAUUUCUUAAGAUUUGAUUGCUCAACACCACGGAUCGGUUAUAUCUACGGCACUUCAUGCAAUCUGUCAUGUAAUUCAAACUUGCCACGCAAUGGCUCGGAUGUCAUAACCUGUGAAGACAAUGGUACCUUCGAGGGCAAUUGGAGUUUCUUAGGAGGAGAACCAUUUUGUAGAGAAAUAUCUUGUCCUGAAUUGGACCCACCAAUUAACGGUGCAUUGGUUUAUGACACAGUAUUGACACGUCCUAUGCGUCAAUUGAUCUGUAAUGAAAAGUACGAUAUACCACCUAUGAGCAUACCUUUCAAUGGGAUUUUUUUCUGUACCGAUAAUGGGAACUGGGUCCCAUUGCAAAAGGUUCCGAAUUGUGUCGAGCCAAGAGAUCCAAGAUUUGUCAACCUACCUGCUGAGAUAUUUUACUAUGGAGGGGAAUGCGGAUCAGAAGAAACAAUGGCGCAAAUUAAAUCGAAUUUCCAAGCUUUAAUUCAAACAAAUCUUGAUCCUUAUUUCGGAAUAAUUUGUCCACCUGGAUUAACUUGUAUCGCGAGAGAUAUUGUUAUCACAUGCGGGCCUAUUGAAAGCCGAAAGAAAAGAUCUCGGGCAUUUGGAGUUCUAAAACGCAAUCUACGAUCAACAAAAUGUAAUGUAGCCUCAAAUAAUCACAUCAUUGCGAAGCGGAACGCCAAUACACAUUCGUUGAGAGUGAAAUUUAACAUUGUAACGUCAUUCAACGAAACCAACACAUCAUUUCAAGAUACAAUUAAGUUAAUCGAUGACGUUCAACUUCAAUUGUUAGUACCAGUAGUAAAUGACUUGCUUCAAAAUGGAACAUUUGACAUUGACAACUAUGUCCUUCAGUCCGACAAUGUAUCGACACCGGAUUACGGAACUAUAACAUGCGAUGAUAGCUAUGUCCUGUACCAAUCAAAAUGUAAGCCCUGUUCAAUUGGCUACUUUUUCAAUAAAACAAGCAACGCGUGCGACGAGUGUCCGGCUGGGCAGUAUAGAGAUAACGAGAGCGAUAUUAACUGUUUGUCUUGUCCAGAUGGAUAUUCUACUCGGUACUCAGGUUCAACAUCCAGGAAAGACUGUCUCCAACUAUGUAUGCCGGGAACAUACUCUCCAGAUAAGUUCGAGACUUGCUCCACGUGCAGCCAUGGUUACUAUCAAGAUGAGAAUGGGCAGACGACAUGCAAACAAUGUCCUGAUGGAAAAACGACAGUAUCAACUAACAGCAGCUCAAGGAGGGAUUGUAAAAAUUUUGACGUUUUUCUCAAAACAACAAAUGGCGAUGUUACAGUAGCAGAAUUAUCUGAAACACUGACCAAUUUUACAUUAAUGUUUUGGACAACGAUUGUCGAUUCACAAACCUCAAAUGCUUCAAUGACAUUAACAAGUGGUGGUUUGACUCUAAUCAACGUUCUUUGGAAUACUUAUUUACAAGUUCAGAUCCGAUCAUUGAUAAAUGAAACUAUUGCCUUCCAUGGCAGUAGUAAAUGGAGACACGUUGCAAUUUCGUUGGAUACAUCGAACUCCCAAGUAAGGUUAUAUUUUAAUGGAGAACUUGCAAAAUCUUCAUCGUUGAACUCUUCAUCAAUAUCCUCAUUUAACCAAACUAGCACAUUGACAGUGACCUCCAACGGCAAGACAGGUAUUUCAUUGACUGGGUUGCAUCUGAUAAAAGGUGUGUUAUCCCAGACUGCAAUAGCAUACCAAGCAAAGUCUUGUCAUACGCUGGAAAUAAAUGACCUCAUCAAUAAAGGAUCUUUUGUCGGCACUAAGAGUCCGGGGAUAUCUCUAGUUGUUGAGUCAAGUUGCUAUGCAUAUGACGAAUGCCUCUUGUCCCCGUGCAACGGACAUGUCUGCACAAAUGGACUCGGUGGGUAUACUUGUACGUGUCAGGGAGGUUGGUCUGGAACCGAUUGCACGACACCACCAGAUUUUUGUAUCGAAAACGCGUGCCAAAACGCUGCCACGUGUGUGAGCGCAAGCACAAAUUACACAUGCAAUUGUGUACCAGGGUACAGUGGAUAUUUUUGCGAAAUUUCUCCAGUAAACGGUGGCUGGUCUGAUUGGUCAGAAUCUGUGUGUUCUAAAACAUGUGGAAGUGGCAUUAUAUACAGAACACGAAAAUGUGAUAGCCCUACCCCUGAUAUAUAUGGUCUUGACUGUAUCGGAACUGCAAUAGAAAUAAAGCCAUGUAAUACACAACCUUGUCCAGUUUGCAAAGAGUUCAAUACAGCACUGGGAACGUUAUGGGAAUGUUAUACCGACGACGAAACUGGAAGUCAAACAUGUACAGUGGAAUGUGAAUAUGGUAAAAUUCUCCCGCCAGGAUUGACAGACCUACAUUCGUUCACCUGUGGUCCAAGCACCAACUAUGAAUGGGACAACUUUGAAAAUCCUCCCAGCUGUGUCGAUCCUAAAAGCCCGAUAAAGAUAAAUAUUACUGUGAAUGUGACAUAUACAAAGGAGAUUGAAGAAAACGCUAUAUCCGAAUUCAAGGACCAUAUUAAUGACAAAAUAUCAAAAGUACCCUGUAUUGACUCGGCUAAUUGUGAGACAGACAUAGACAUAAACCAGUCGAUUAUGACGAUUGGGUUCAGUAUAAAUACAACAGAAGGUCAAGACCUACAGUAUAAUGAUUUUAUUUCAACAGGAGAACCAAAUGAUUCCCUACAAGAGGUUAUUAACGCAGUUAAAUCUCUCGAACAAACUGGUAGGUUUAUUCAAAAUCAUACUGACGAGCUGUUUGACGUCACGGUCAAUAAUACGAGGUACACCAUUACGGAUGAGAAUCCAAUAAUUUACGCUGGCGUAUCAUGCAUUGCUGGGUUCGUGGCUAUCGAUGGAAUUUGUGUUGAAUGUCCUGCAGGCACGUAUUCUUUCGGUGAAAAGUGUUCGUUUUGUCAACGGGGGAAAUACCAACCAAAUACGGGACAGUCGACUUGCAUUUCAUGCCCACCUUAUCGGACAACGGAUGCAAUAGGAUCAACUGAUAGUUCUCAGUGCAAAUCAUAUGACGCAUGUUUGGUGUCUCCAUGUAACGGGCAUGUCUGUACAAAUGGACAGGACGGAUAUACAUGUACAUGUGACAAUGGCUGGUCUGGAACAAACUGUGACACACCGCCUGAUCGUUGUAUUAACAAUGCUUGUGUAAAUGGUGCAACAUGUAUAAGUAUGUCAACAAAUUACAUGUGUGAAUGCACACCUGGUUAUAGCGGACAAUUUUGUGAAAUUUCUCCAGUUGAUGGUUGCUGGUCAGAAUGGUCAGAAACAAAAUGUACCAAAACUUGUGGAACGGGUGUUAUAACAAGAACACGAAGGUGCGACAAUCCUGUUCCAGAUACCCAUGGAGCUGACUGUGUUGGUGAAGCAAAAGAGUCAAUAGCGUGUAAUAUUCAAGACUGUCCAGUGCAUGGAGGUUGGUCAGAAUGGUCAGAAACAAAAUGUUCCAAAACUUGUGGAACGGGUGUUAUAACAAGAACACGGAAAUGUGACAACCCUGUUCCAGAUUCCCAUGGAGCUGACUGUGUUGGUAGAGCUAUAGAGACAAUAGCUUGUAAUAUUCAAGAAUGCCCAGUAAAUGGUGGUUGGUCAGAAUGGUCAGAAACAAAAUGUUCCAAAACUUGUGGAACGGGUGUUAUAACAAGAACACGAAAAUGCAACAAUCCAGUUCCACACACAAAUGGUGCUGACUGUGUGGGUGAAGCAAUGGAGACAAUCACUUGUAAUAUUCAAGACUGCAUAGAAACAAGCACAGUGUCCAACACGACGAGGCAAACAACAACACAAAGGGAAGGAAAACCUAUUCCAGUUGAUGAGAAGCCAGUGACGUUAUUAAUUGUAGGACCUGUGGUUGCUAUAAUUGCAAUUGCUCUUCCAGUAACUCUCGUCCUUUGCAGGCGGUUACGACAUAACACGCGACAAGAAAAAUCAACUGAACCUCCUAAAAAUGUUUUUACAUCGUCUUUAGAUUCGGAAAUUGAAAAAAGCUCUGAAGAAUGUUGAUGUAAAUGAGGAUCUGACUACAUUUUCAUAUAUUACGUACAAUUGAAUCAAUAAAAUGCGGCAUUUCUCACUAUCAAACUAUCUAUAAAUGAAAAUAGAAUUGGAAGCUAACAUAAAUCUAUAUUUCUAUAGACAUUAAGAAUGUAAGGUUCAUAUAACUGUAUAUAAUAUAAAACAUAAACUAUUGGCUGACAUGAAACUACAUUAUAAACAUUUUUAUGAUGAUAAUUGUUAUAUUUGUUAUUGUUAUUAUUUUUCAUAAUUGCUAUCGUUAUUUUCUUUUGUAUUGUAAAUAUAUUGUUUAACUUAUAUAUAUAUAAAGUUGUAUGUGUUAUGCACUGUAUUGUAGUUUGAUAGAAGUCAUAAUAUGCAGGACUCAGUCGUUUAAACGAACUUUAACAGCAGUUGGAUAGUUUGUUAGGAAACAUUGUAUUCUGUUUUUAUACAAUUUAUUACCGUUAAUUCUAACACGACCCACAUUUUUCCCUAUUGAAAAUAGAAGUACCGAAAGUGUGUGUUAUUAUGCUAUAAAAUCACUGUUUGACGUUCUAUAUUUAGACAUGUGACGUAAUCAUUAUACACGUGACGUAACCACUAAAAAUGUGACGCGCUGACAAUAAGUACGGAAACAGAUCAGACGCAAUUUAGCUAAUUAUCAUGUACGACAGCAUUUAUUUGUUGAUGUCGUGUUAGAAUCGAAAUAAUAUAUCCAAAACGAUGAUUUUAUUGCUUAAUAACAUCACUGUUUGUCGUUCGGAUGCGCAUCAUUAUAUCACUCGGGCUACGCCCUCGUGAUAUAAUUCCCCGCAUCCGAACUCCAAACAGUGGUGUUAUUGAGCAAUAAGAUCACAGUUUGGGAUAUAUUAUUUCUUAAAUAUAAACAUGCACAAAAUAUGAAACAAUGUGACAAAUUUGAAAUUCAAUUAAUUAUUAUGUCUGUCUGGUUUAUUUACGCUUAAAUUAUAUUCAUUCAUGUACAA